AUGGCAUCCAGACAAUCACAAAAAAGAUUAACAAAAGAAUAUAAAUCAAUCCAAACCAAUCCGCCACCAUAUAUCACCGCCAAACCAAAUGAUGAAAACAUCUUAGAAUGGCAUUAUGUAAUAGAUGGACCACCAAACACCCCUUUUACAGGAGGUCAAUAUCAUGGUAUAUUACGAUUCCCCAGUGAAUAUCCCUUCAAACCGCCUUCAAUAUCAAUGAUCACCCCAAAUGGAAGAUUUGCGACAAAUACGAGAUUAUGUCUAAGUAUGAGUGAUUAUCAUCCUGAUACUUGGAAUCCUGCGUGGAGUGUAGCGACGAUCUUGACGGGAUUGUUGAGUUUUAUGACUGGGGAUGAAACUACGACAGGAUCGAUUAAUACUAGUGAGAAUGUUAAGAAGAGAUUGGCAAAAGAUAGUAAAAAUUGGAAUAAUAAUGAAAAUCAAAGAUUUAUAAAACAAUUUCCUGAGAUUGUGAUGAAGAAUAAAUUAGAUAUUGAUAGAUUGAAACAAUUGGAAUUGGAAGAACAGGAACGGAAAAGAAAAUUACUUGCGGAUGAUGAUGAUAAAGAUAAACCAAUAGAUAGAACCAAGUUGGAAUUGUUGGAUCCUGAAGAUAGAGCAAGAUUGUUGGUGCAGGAAGAAAAAUUGGCAUUAAUUGAUGGAACUGAUAAAUUAUCUGGUUUAACUAUUUUUGGUGUAUGUGUAGCUGCAUUGAUUGCUGUUUAUUGUAGCAUUAUUAAAAGGGGUUAA